UUUUUUUUUAUUCUUAAACAUUCACUACCUUUUCGUCAUGUCUCUUUCCAUUCUUUCCUCAUCUCUCAAGGGAUCAGUCCUCAAGGCUGUUCGACUCUCUGCUGCCACCUCAACUGUUGCAAGGCCUGCCUCUGUCUGGACCUCAAGACUUUACUCAACGGAACAGAGUGGCAACAAUAACAACAGUAGCAAUAAUGAUAAUAAUGGCAACAGGGAUAACAAGGAUAAUAAGGAAGGCAAUGCUGCCGCUGCCUCUGAAACAGAAUCUGCGCCCGCAGACGCAUCAAAAGAACAAACUGAAAACGGAAAGCCUGCUCACGAAGAAGCCCUAGCCGCUAAGGAUAAACAAAUUGCUGAGAUCAAGGAUCGUUUGUUACGCACACUUGCAGACAUGGAGAACCUCCGUCAGAGAACUGCCAAGGAAGUGAGCAACACCAAAGAUUAUGCUAUUCAAAAGUUUGCCAAGGAUCUCUUGGAUACUGCAGAUAUAUUGGGUAUGGCGAUCAAGAACGUGCCUGCAGAAGAGCUUUCAGAGAGCUCAAAUAACGUCCAUUUAAAGACGUUGCAUACGGGAGUAUCGAUGACAAGAGAUGAGCUCCUCAAGGCAUUUAAGCGACAUGGUAUUGAGCCUUAUGAUCCCAUCAAUGAAAAGUUUGAUCCAAAUCUGCAUCAAGCCAACUUUCAGGUGCCCAUGCCCGGCAAGGAGCCCGGUACAGUCUUUGAUGUUCAGAAGAUUGGAUUCAUGAUUAAGGGACGUGUCUUGCGGCCGGCACAAGUUGGUGUUGUUCAAGGAACAGAUUAAAAAAAAAAAAAAAAUCCAAAUCGGG